AUGUGGCCAUCUGUAACCCUCUAUACUGUGAUCAUGUCGCAGACACUGUGCCAUGUACUUAUAGGCAUUCCAUACCUCUUCUGUACAUUCCAGUCUAUUUUGCUCACCAGUAAGAUUUUUACAUCUACUUUCUGCAGUUCUAAUGUCGUCAGUGACUUCUUCUGUGAUAAUGUCCCUUUAAUACCCUUGCUCUGCUCAAAUGCACGGCAAAUUGAAUUGAUGAUCAUAUCAUUCGCAUCGUUUAAUUUGAUGUCCUCCCUCCUGACAGUCCUUGUGUCCUACAUGAUGAUCUUGAUGACCAUAUUUCGAAUGAAUUCUGCUGAAGGAAGGAAAAAAGCUUUCUCUACAUGUGGUUCUCACUUGACAGUGGUGGUAGUGUUCUAUGGGUCUCUAUUGUUCAUGUAUGUGCAGCCUGAAUCUGCUCAUCCUUUCAGCACUGACAAAAUUACCUCUGUGUUUUACACAUUAGUCAUCCCUAUGCUUAACCCCUUCGUUUGCAGCUAA